AUGACUUCUAAGCAGCAGACAGUGCGAUUGAAUGAUGGUCACUUCAUUCCUGUACUGGGGUUUGGUACCUAUGCACCUAAAGAGGUACCUAAAAGUAAGGCUACAGAAGCCACCAAAAUAGCUAUAGAUGCUGGCUUCCGCCAUAUUGAUUCUGCUGCUCUGUAUCAAAAUGAAAAGGAGGUUGGACUAGCCAUCCAAAGCAAGAUUGCAGAUGGCACUGUGAAGAGGGAAGAUAUAUUUUAUACAUCAAAGGUUUGGUGUACUUUUCUUCGUCCAGAACUGGUGCGGGUCUGCUUGGAACAGUCAUUGAAGCAGCUCCAGUUGAACUAUGUGGACUUGUACCUCAUUCAUUUCCCAAUGGCCAUGAAGCCUGGAGAUGAUUAUCUUCCAGUAGAUGAGAAUGGGAAACUUAUAACUGAUGAAGUGGAUAUCUGUGACACCUGGGAAGCCAUGGAGAAGUGUAAGGAUGCAGGAUUGGCCAAGUCCAUCGGGGUGUCCAACUUUAACCGCAGGCAGCUGGAGAAGAUCCUGAACAAGCCGGGGCUCAAGCACAAGCCUGUGUGCAAUCAGGUAGAAUGUCAUCCUUAUCUCAAUCAGAGAAAACUUCUGGAUUUCUGCAAGUCUAAGGACAUUGUUCUGGUUGCUUAUAGUGCUUUGGGAACUCAACGUGAAAAACAAUGGGUGGACCAGAGAUCUCCUGUUCUUUUGGAUGAUCCAGUUCUUGGUUCCAUGGCAAAAAAGUACAAUCGAACUCCUGCCUUGAUUGCUCUUCGCUACCAGCUGCAACGUGGGGUUGUGGUCCUGGCCAAGAGUUUCACUGAGAAGAGGAUAAAAGAGAAUAUGCAGGUUUUUGAAUUUCAGUUGACUUCAGAGGACAUGAAAGUGCUGGAUGGCCUGAAUAAAAAUAUGCGAUACAUAAAUAUUUCUGGGAGUGAGGACCACCCUGAGUUUCCAUUUUUGGAUGAAUAUUAAUGUGGGGGGUCCAUAUUCUGCCUUAUGCCAGAAGUCAAUUCCUGGGAAGAGUAUAUAGGAAAGGGUAUGUUCAAGAAACAAUGAUUACAUAGCACCCUAA